UUAUAUGUAUAUAUUUUUUGGAAAAAUUUAAAAAGGAAACUAAAUAUAAAAAAGUAACAGUACUUUAAAUGUAAUAUUUUUAAUUCAUUAAAGGUAAUAGUGUAAUCAACCAUCGUGAGAAUUAACGUGAGAACGACACAUAGGAAACUGACUUCUCAAAUAAUAUUAUAGAGAUACAUACACAAAUUUACUAUAUCUCAAACCAUAGUAAAUAUAACUAUCCUCUCUCCCAUUUUUAUUUUCCUUUAGUUUGCGAUUAUAUAUUAAUUAAAAUUUCCACAGUACAUGUCACAUGUUUAUAGAUUUCCAAUGUAUUUGUAAAAAAUGUUUUUAAGAUAAGGAUCAUUUAAGUUUCUAUGUAAAGAAUAAAAAGGAAAAUAUAUCAAACAAAGGUAAGUGAUAUGAAAAGUCUUGUAAGGGCAUCUCCAUCUCCACUCCGUUUUUUUUUCUAAAAUGGAGUAAAAGUGAAUAUGGAGUAAGGAAUGCUCCGACCCAACUUCAUUUCUCGUUCCAUAAUGAAAUUUACUCUAUAAAUGGAGUAAUCUAUUUUUUGUUUGUUCAUCACUCUAUUAUAGAGUAGAAAAUGGUGUGGAAUUAGAGUAUUUUUUAUUUCAUAUUCACUUUUACUCUAUUUUAAAGAAAAAAAAAGAGUUUUACAUUGGAGAGCACCCAAGAUGUUCUAAGGUGGGAUUUGACUACACACGUGAUGUAUAAUGUUAUUAAUCAAACUAUACACUAUGACAAUUUUUGUCCUAAUAUACUGCAAAUAUAUAUAAACACUGUCGUGCCAAAGAGUCAAACUUUUCUCAUCUCAUUUUUCCUCUCUCCUAUCUAAAUUUUAUAUGCAGUCGACAGACAAAAUAUUACACCCACAAUUUAACCCUUUUUUUUUUAAAUAACGCCACUUUCUAUUCUUGUGUUUAUACUAUGGUUUACAAUCCAUCAGUAUUUAAAAAUCAAAAGUGGUUUAUACGUAUAUGGACUGGAGAAAUAUAUUAGAAGUUUAGGAGCAGCUUCUUAAUGAGACACUGAAACUACGACGAAACGGCAACCACUUCUCACGCGUCCUACUUUCUUGUUUUUGUAAUAGUACAUAGAGUUAGGAAUGGAAGCCAAUUUAUAUAAAUAGAAAGCAAAAGGGAAAAUUCUAGAAGACACAGUAACCAAACAACACUAACAAAAAAUGGCUUUCAGAAGAACAUCUUCGGUUUUGUAUAUUCUCUUCAUCUUUUAUCUUCAACACAAUUUGCUUUCCGUGAGCUCACGACCUCCCUCAGUAGAUACGAACCACGAGACUCUUCCUUUUAAUCCCUCAGAGACGGAUGUUGUUGGGUUUGAAGGAAAGACUCGUGAGCUAGCUGUCGUUAUCAAAAAAGCAAUUGGUGGAGGACGUGGCGGGGGGAGUGGCAGCAGGGGUGGAGGAGGUGGAGGUCGAAGCCGAUCACGUGGCGGGGCAGGUGUGAUUUAUCCGGCCAGAUCGCAUUUUCAUCGUUCAAGCGGUAGCAUGAACCUUCGAGGGGGAGUGUGUGCGGUCGGCUGGUUGUGUUCAUCGGUGUUAGCCGGUUUAUUCUUGAUUCUGAACUUGAUAUAUGUACGUAGGUCUAGAUGGAACUAUGGCGUAUGUAAAGUGUCGUUCAUAUUCACUUAGAAAAAGUGUUUUCACCAGUUGCUCACCCCACAAGAACAAUACAUAUUUAUUUAAAUUUGUAAAGCAAACGUUCCUAUGAUAGCAUCGUCCACUAUUUUUUUU